AUGUGUCAAGGCAAGUGUAGCUUCUAUGGCUUUAAUCCUCAGAUUCAGAAAUGUCGAAUCCACAAGAGGGUUUUUACUUCGGGAGUGUCUAAUGAGACUGGCUGGAGAUACUACUCACAUGACUUAAUUCCCUUAGAUUGUACGGACCUUUAUACAGAUGGUCGCUAUGAUUCCGGGGUGUACGACAUAUACCCAUAUGGGACCAUUACCAUUCCUGUCCUCGUGUUCUGUCAUAUGACCACAAUGGGCGGAGGGUGGGCGGCGAUUCAAAAACGAGUAGACGGAUCUGUAAGUUUCAAUAGGAGCUGGACGGAAUACAAGAAUGGUUUUGGUGCCCCAGAACAGGAUUACUGGAUUGGAAAUGACGUAAUCCAUCUGUUAACAAAGAGAAAGAACUCGUCCCUUUAUGUGUCCAUCACUCUCCAGAAUGGUACGACGCUGUAUGAAACGUACGAUCGAUUCUCUAUCUCCGAUGAAACAGGGAAAUAUCAAUUCUUUUUGGGAGGACCUGCCACAGGAACCUUAGGUGACAGGAUGCUAGACACUGGUGAUUCGUACAGAGAUGUGUCAGGGAUGUACUUCAGCACCCCGGACGUGGAUAACGACAGACAUACCGGUCACUGUGCUGCUAACUGGUAUGGAGGAGGAGGAGGAGGCUGGUGGUAUAACCACUGUCACUACGCCUUCUUCAAUGACAUCUGGUCUUCAUCCAAAUGGAGUUGGGUUUGGUAUCCACCAGUUGAAAAGGGCACAGAAGUCAAAGAAACUAUGAUGAUG